GUUGCUACAUAGUUUGAAAUAUUGGGUUACAGAUGAAAGCCGUUGCACUGCUCCUGUUGUUUGUUGUGUUUGCAACCCUUCCAAGCGAGACCAGCGGAUGGGGAUGGUUUAAAAGAGUGGUUCGAAAGGUUAAAGACGGCGUAAGGAAGGUUGUAAACAAGAUCAAGGAUUUUGGAAACAGAAUCCGACACGGCCGAGCUGUACAUGCCGACAUGACGGAUGAGGAAAUGGUAGAGGCGUUAGCCACCCGAGACAUCAAUGAGCUGUUUGAAGUUGAACAACUGAGUGACGCAGACAAAGCCGAACUGAACAACAUCCAGCGUGAAGCUCGAGAUUUAAUGGAUCAACUGGAUGCAUUGGACGACUGAAAGGCCAGCUUCAACACCAACAUGUACAUGACGAAAUAUGAAAAGCACAAUGGUUUUGUUAUUUCAUGAAUAAAACGUUCGAACAGUA